ACAGAACGAGCUAGCGAGCGAGCGGAGAGGCGGCUACAGCCUGAGCGCCGGGCCGGUGGCGGCCGCGCCGGCGAGCGGACUAGCGGGCGGCGAGCAGCGCGGAGCGCGCGGGGCACCGAGGAGCGGGCGCGGCGGGCACCGCGCGAGGCAGCCGGAGCUCUCCGAAAGGCCAGAGCGGCGCCUCCCCCGCUGCCUCUGCGGGGCCCCGGCUGGGAGCCCGACGAGGGAGCGGGCGGCAUGGCCCGGCGGCCCGGGGCGCGGGGGAGCUAGGCCCCCGGAGGGGCGCCCGCCGCCUCGCCGCUGCCGCCGCCGCCCUCCGCAGCCGCGCGCCCCGCCCGCUCCAGCCGCCCCCGGGGCCGCCACCUGCCCAUGAGCCCCGGCCUCAAAGUUUGCGGCGGGCGGGCGGGCGCUGAGCCUCCAAGAUGCCGUUCCACCCGGUGACGGCGGCGUUGAUGUACCGGGGCAUCUACACCGUGCCCAACCUGCUGUCGGAGCAGCGCCCGGUGGACAUCCCGGAGGACGAACUGGAGGAGAUCCGAGAGGCCUUCAAGGUGUUUGACCGUGACGGCAAUGGCUUCAUCUCCAAGCAGGAGCUGGGCACAGCCAUGCGCUCACUGGGUUACAUGCCCAAUGAGGUGGAGCUGGAGGUCAUCAUCCAGCGGCUGGACAUGGAUGGUGAUGGUCAAGUGGACUUUGAGGAGUUUGUGACCCUUUUGGGACCCAAACUCUCCACCUCAGGGAUCCCAGAGAAGUUCCAUGGCACCGACUUUGACACUGUCUUCUGGAAGUGUGACAUGCAGAAGCUGACGGUGGAUGAGCUGAAGAGGCUGCUCUACGACACCUUCUGCGAGCACCUGUCCAUGAAGGACAUAGAGAACAUCAUCAUGACGGAGGAGGAGAGCCACCUGGGCACAGCCGAGGAGUGUCCUGUGGAUGUGGAGACCUGCUCCAACCAGCAGAUCCGCCAGACGUGCGUGCGCAAGAGUCUCAUCUGCGCCUUUGCCAUCGCCUUCAUCAUCAGUGUCAUGCUCAUUGCGGCCAACCAGGUGCUGCGCAGUGGCAUGAAGUAGACGCCACCUGGAUGCCCCAUCCACCGCAUGCGGUGCCUGCGGCCCGCCCCACACCACCGCUGCCUGCAGACCCCUCCCUUGGCCGGCUCCCUGGGCCGCCAUCUGCGUGUACUUCAGGGCCUGGGUAUCCGGCGAGCCCUCCCCACCCACCCACGGUCCUUACCUGGAGCUGUGGCCUGGCUGUGGAGGGCCAGGUGGUGGCUCUGAGGAUGGUCCCCAGCCCCACCCUGGCCUGUAAGGAGCACUCACUCUUCCUACCAUCCAGGGGCUCCUGGGAAAUUAAGGAGGGAUUUGCACAGGAACCCCCAGGACUCAGUCGCUGCUGUGGUCCCUUGGGCAGGAGCGGGCACCCUGUGCCUUGAGACAGCAGCCUAUCUGCGGCCACAGAGCCAACCCAGCCCUGGUCCCUGAGGUCUGCCCAGGGCACAGGGCGGAGGCAGAGACAGAAAGCCUCUUCCUGGGGGAGGGCGGGAAGCCAGGGUGUCCUGGGCCCUGUUGCCUGGCAUGGCCUGAGGAGGCCCCUGGUCUUCUCCUUGGGUCCCUUCCUCUGACCCUCGUUGGACCCCAACCCAGACCCCCUUUUCUCCAUGUACCUGCUGGGCCAGCCCAUUUCAUAGGUGAGGAACCCGAGGCUCAGGGGCCCGAGACUUGGCCUCAGUUCUUCCUUCCACAGGGAUUUUCAGGAAAGGCAGAAGCUCGUGGAGGAUGGGCAUCUGAGGUGGCCCUGCAGCCCCCCACCUUCUGGCCCUCCCACCAGAGGCCCAGCCACCAAGGCCGCGUUGUCCACCACCCCAGCCUAGAGCCUGGAACUGUAGUCCAGCUGAGGAAGGAGGCAGAGCUGGAGCCUGAAGGCUCUGAGCAGCCUCCGGCCAGGGGGCUCUUCCAGGGCUGAACCUUGGGAGGGCCCCUGUAUUACCUCCCGGGCCAAGAAGCCGGCACAGCCCCGCACUGUCAGUGCCAAGAGGCUGCGCCAGGCCACUCUCUCAGCCCAGGGCCUGCCCUCCUGUGUCCUGCCACUUCUCUACGCCCUCAAGGUUGGAGACCCCGCUCCCGUGCCCCGGCUGUGCCAUCCCAAACACUUGGGCAGCAGCUCAGCAUGGGCAGACAUGGGGGCUGUGGAUUCUUCCAGGGCGGGGAUGGCAGAUGGAGCCCUUGGGCUCCUUGGGCCUAGAGCCACUUCUUACUGGGCAACGGGCACAGCCACCCUGGCACACCCUCUGCCUGGCCGUGCUGAACCUCUGCUGGUCCCAAGGGAGAAGGGAGUGAGCGUGGGUCACCUGGGGAAAAUCUCAUCUGAUUCCCGCCCUGCCCAACCUCUGCCAGGGGCUGGAGAACAGAGCUCAGAGCACCCAGCGUAGGGAAACACAGCCAG